ACUCCUGGAUUCCCUCUAAAAUCUCUUUAGGAGGGAAGAAGAAGAAGAAGAAAUAACAUAACAAUAAUUAAAAAAUGGAGAAGAAGAUGAAGAAGAAGAAGCCAUUAUCAAUCUCACACCACCAUUACUACUUCCUUCUAUCUCUCUUCUUCUCCAUUCUCACUUCCACAUCUACCGCUUCACACAACUACGCAGACGCGCUUUCCAAAUCGCUAAUCUACUUCGAAGCUCAACGCUCCGGCAGACUUCCGUACAACCAGCGCCUCACGUGGCGGGACAAUUCCGCCCUCACUGACGGCAUUGACCAAGGCGUGGAUUUGGUUGGAGGUUAUUAUGACGCCGGAGAUCACGUGAAGUUCGGGUUACCGAUGGCGUUUACGGUAACGAUGUUGUCGUGGAGUGUUAUUGAGUACGGUGAAUAUAUUGCCGGUGCCGGAGAGUUGCAGCACGCGAUGGAGGCGAUAAAAUGGGGGACGGAUUACUUUAUUAAAGCUCAUACCAGUCCCAAUGUGUUAUGGGCGGAGGUGGGUGACGGAUACACUGAUCACUACUGCUGGCAGCGACCGGAGGAUAUGACAACGUCACGACAAGCGUAUAAAAUUGACGAGAAGAAUCCCGGGUCGGAUCUUGCCGGAGAAACCGCAGCCGCUAUGGCAGCGGCGUCUAUUGUGUUCAGAAAAACAAACCCGCAUUACUCACAUUUGUUAUUGCAUCAUGCUCAACAGUUAUUUGAAUUUGGAGACAAGUUUAGAGGAAAAUACGAUGCAAGUAUAGGAGUGGUAAAGAAUUACUACACAUCAGUGAGUGGGUACAAAGACGAACUCCUGUGGGCGGCUAUAUGGUUGUACAAAGCCACCGACAACCACCAUUACCUGAGUUACGUCAUCGAUAACGCCCAUUUAUUCGGUGGCGUUGGGUGGUCCAUCACUGAAUUCAGCUGGGAUGUUAAAUAUGCGGGUAUUCAAGUCCUCGUAUCCAAGUUGCUUACCGAAGAAAAACAUGCGAAGCACAAAAGAAUUCUAGAUCAAUACCAAUCAAAAGCCGAGUACUACAUUUGUUCAUGUCUAAACAAAAACAACGGUACCAAGAACAAUGCCGGUUUUACCCCUAGCGGGCUCAUAUACAUUAGACAAUGGAACAACAUGCAAUACGUUUCUUCAGGGUCAUUUUUGACAAUGGUGUAUUCAGAUUUACUCCAUAAAUCUAACCAUAAAAAGCUCAAAUGUCAUGGAGGAGAUGUAACCCCUCAAGAGCUUCUUCAGUUUUCAAUAUCUCAAGUGGAUUAUAUUUUGGGCUCUAACCCAAUGAACAUGAGUUAUCUAGUGGGCUUUGGCCCAAGGUUCCCUACAAGGGUCCACCAUAGAGGUGCAUCAAUUGUGUCCUAUAGAGAGAACAAAGGGUUCAUUGGGUGCACUCAAGGUUAUGACACUUGGUACGGGUCUAAGGACCCGAACCCAAAUAUAGUGGUCGGGGCCUUAGUUGGUGGACCCAACCAUAAUGAUGAGUUUUUUGAUCAUAGAGGAAAUUACAUGCAAACAGAAGCAUGUACCUAUAACACGGCACCACUUGUUGGGAUUUUUGCGAGACUAAAUUACUUACAGAAUGCGGAUUUACAUACAUCUUAUUGAGUGAAAGCUUAUACAAUGAGCAAUGUAUAGUAUUUUUAGUGGCUUAAGUUUAAUGGUGAAGCCCAGUUUUAUGUUUACCUGAUACAAAACUUGUAUGCAUUAAUUUAUAAAUUAUAUUACAAAUUUUGUU